GUCUGCCCGUGUCUCCUAACCUGGCCACGUUGUAAAUGCGCUGGACCAACACGGGGGGGGGGGUCAUAUCGGAUUCUGACAGGCGUUAUCGGAUUGCACACCAUAACAAAUGCCAACAUUUCGGGGUGCGGUGGCAGACCCGGUUGCCUGCAGACGUCGCGCGUAUUGGGACCCCUGCCGCACCCAUAUGGUUGCUGUUGAUUAAAAGCCUGGUCAUUUGCUGUCUGGACCAGGGGGUGCGGAGGGGAACGCCAAGGCGUGGACUCGACCGGGCCAUCCACCCGCAUCCUCCCCGCCUCCGGUCUUCUCGACUCUCCGUUUUAAGAGGACCGGGUUACCUCGCCAGUUGGCAGUCUUCUACGGCACCAUGUCUAACGCAUCAGGAUAGCUUUGAAGCGCGUCAAAUUGUUUAUCGUGAGAAAUGCGCUGAGGUCCCAUGGGGACGAUAAUCCCAUAGUCGACCUUCCUCUCUCUUUCAUCCCCCAGUCACCAGUCCAUUGUUCUAACUGGUUAGCCAUCUGAUGCAGAAAUUGGGCGCUGGUGGCUGAUAAAGUUAAACAGCUCAUUAACGCGGGCCACGCACGGCUUGUCCCGCACUACGCCACAUUUUCAGGUGAAGGAGUGGGCGGCAAUAUUCUUGGUGGAUUGCGACUGUAAGUUUCGUGGACGAAUAAAACAGUUCAUAUUAGUUACAAAAUAUACCAAGAGUCUCUGAGGAUGACACCAUUUGUUAGUGUGGAGUCAGCAAUGCGCUUUUCCGAUAUUGUUUUGCUUUUAGGCAGUUUGGUACGGCUGUUUAACCUGGGUGGUCUGGACGACUGGAUUUUAACCUUCUGUCAGAAUACAUCGCUCCGUUUCUUUGACAGAUACCGUGGAAUACUCUAAAAGUGUUAAAACGCGAUGAUUGGGAGAGACCGAAUAAAAUUAACGUUUCCCGACAAACCUAGCCAAAUGCGUUUUUUGUCUGUUCGAGGAGCGUGUGUAAAGUGGUUACCUGAGUGCUAAGUGCUACAUUUUCCUCUUUGUAAUCAUUGCAGGGAACCAACGCAAAUAAUAUCAUGAUACAACUGUAAAAUAAUAACCGAGGAAUAAGCACAGUGCCAAUUUCCAACAUCGUGAUGAAAUCCCUACGAUUGGCGAAUCGAAUGCGGGCGAACAAGAGUGGACACCUGAUCUUAAGAGGCACAGCGUAUUGCACUCUGUGUGCGUUAGCUACCUCUAUCUCUUGCUGUCUGUAAUGCUAUGUUCAUGAGUGAUUUCGAAACACUAGGCGACUAAAUGUCUUUCAUCAGCGAUGGAGCCGUCUUCUUUUCAACUGCUUCAUUUUCGCAUGAGUCGGCAAUAAAUACAAUGGAAUCCCUGUGUCAUCUACUCGCAUUACUCUACCGAAGCCGAGAUAAGAGCACUACAUGCGACAACACGGAAGUCCAGUUUGGUGUUAUACGUUUUUACUAUCUAAUCUAUUCAUCGGCCGUCAUUUCUCGAUUUGCACUGUCUGAAAUCAGCUCACAAUGAUCCGUUCAGGAAAGCGAGUAAAUUGUCGUUGAACGCUCUCUUGCCUUCAAAUUUGCUUCGACUAUGAAGUUAUCAAUCGCCGUCCAGUUAGUGCAAGCUCUUAACAUGUACAGGAAACUUUUAAACGGAAAAGGCAACUUUCAUGACCGGUCAUUUUACGCAAAAAGCUAGUCCAAACAUUAAUUCCUGUGAUUGUUACCGCUUUGCGACAAGGUUUUAGUACUUCAAAGCUAAGUUUGCUAAGCAAAUGGUCAAUUUUGGCUUGGGCAAUGCCCGGUGACAAUUGAUCUGAAGCCUCAUUCAGUGUAGUAACUUUCAAACAAGAUUUAAUAGACGCACAAUGUGUGUGUAACAAAUGGUCGCAUUUUUGCUUCUAAAGGAAUCUGCUGCUUUUCGAUGUUCGAGAUUAUUCUACUCUCCGGGGAUCCCGAUAAGAGGGGUGGUAGGCUUGGUGCUAAAUGCCACAGCAGAUUUGGGGCACACAAAUGUGGUUCUCAGUAUUUUUUCUGCUCAGAAGGACCAAAAUCACCCUCUUCUGUUUCCCAGCUUGUUCUUUGGUCACGGCUUGUUAGAAAAUGACAGUUGACGUCAGGGUUAUCUGCCGCUCAACGUAAACAUUAAUUUGCCUGACCUUACCAAAAGCGUACCAAUAGAUUAAUUUCGAUCUGUUAUUCAUUCAAGUAUGUCGUCUUGGUCAACUGCCUCUGUUUUUCAUGUUAUAGGUGACUUUUAUGACCUAACACGAACGCCUGAGGACCUCAACGGAACUGACGCCAGUAAUGUCAUCCGUUUGCUUAAGCGCCAAGCAAGCGAGGCUAAAGCACAAGUUACUGUCCUGUCAGCGGAGAACAAGGAACUUCUGGAACAGUUAAAGGAACUCACAACUGACUUCGACCAUUCUGUUGCCUUUCUUGAGGUGAGGAAAAAAGCGAAGUUGUUCUAGAACUCGGUAGUUGUGCCCCACCUAGAAUAUUACUUUUUGCGCUGGAUCAGUAGGGGCUAAUAUUUGCUCGUGGCAUGUGUUGGUGAAGCCGUGGUAAGUCUGCGUGUGCUCUUAACUAUUGCCGUAUGUGCGUGCGGACCAAGUAGAGAGAGGCCGUUCACAUCACGUCAGACAUUGCGCCCUACCUUUUUACCAAUUGGCAGGAAAGUUCAGACAUUCCACUGGUGCAUAAGAGUGAGAGGGAUUCAUCUUAUCGUGCGCCUUAUUCAAAAAAAUGUUGCAAACGACGACAUCAUAGUAGAGCAAUCAGAGGUAGUUAAGGACCGGUCACUGAUUGAAUAACAGAAAGCGGGGUUGCAAGUUGAAUUUAGUACACCAUUUUGCCCCUCCUACAUAAAGGUGAUUCGGCGUGAAACGAGUAAGAAAGAUUACGCUGUAGGCAGCACCAGGACAUUGGAAAGAGAUAGUCAAUCCAUGAGGGUUCUCAGUGGAAACUCAGGGAGGGAAAUGACGCAUCACGUAAGCGCCAGAAAUAUAAGUAGUUCUGAGGACCAUGUCCGGGAGUGGGUAGUUAUACAAGCCAAAAUGUCAUCUAUUUUAGUGAGUGGUAUGGUUUGUCUGAUGUCAUUCGCCCACCGCGACCCUUGAGGGCACAUUUGCGCCGCUUUCUUUCAGCAUAAUGCUUUUGCAGCUGGGGCUUGAUUGACACGUUACCCUGCACACAUAUAUGUACUUAUGCGUAGUAUUGUGAUGGAGAGGGCUGCAAUUAACCUUGCCGUUCUAUACUUGACUUUAUUGACGUAGAUAUUGAUCUUAUUAAGGUUUUCUAAAAUGUAUAUUCUCCAUAUGUUUAUUAAGUGUUAUUGUGUUUAAUUCUCGUCGAUAGCAAAUUCGCCCAUUUAAAAAGUACGUAAAAUUUUCUCCCCAUGUAACAACUUUUAGUAUGCCUACAGCAGUUGUAAUGAUAUCAAGAAGGGAGUUUUAUUUGGUACCAUUUUUCACUUCGGUAAUGAAUGCUGGCCAACUGUGCCGCUAGAUAUGCCCACAUGAACUUGUAAAGUUGAUUUUCAUAAGUUUAAUCGGCUCACUUCAAGGGCUUCCUGUUCAUUAUAAAUACUAAAAUCAGAUUAUUAUCAAAACGGCAGUCUGGAUGACAAACUGUGCACUUUGCUAAAGAACCAUCAGUCUUCCGUGAAUGUAGAAAUAACUGGUUCUGACAGCGCCUUGCCCCUAUGUCCAAUGACGCCUAAAUGCAUCACGUAAUCCCUCUGUUCAUCUAAGCGUAUGCGUGUGCGAGCGUAUUAGCGCCAAUUCUCAGAUAAACUUGAAAAUGAGUAAUAAUUCACUCACGUAGUGUAUAUUAAUCAGUCGCAUUUAGGUGAUUAAUAGUCCCUUGAUAUCUAAGAGCAAUCUUUUGACCUAUAGCAAAUAGUUUCAUGAUGAAACCCGUUAAUUUUUUUUCAACAGUGCUCCCAACGAUUGUCCUGCAAACGUGACCAUUUUCCUUAUCGAGCCGAAUUAGGCCAAAAAGCUGUUUAAAGGCGACGUCCACUAAAAUAAUCGACAGAGAUGUUUGUCAGGACUCAGGUGGGCCUAGUGAAACCUCUGAAAGUGGGGGAUGAGUCAUCGCGGCCGGCACUGUAGAUUGGGAUGGUCUCAAUGAGAGGUGUACAGUCAUCGUUUAACCUGAAUGGGGCGUCGCCCCCAUCCGUCUUCAUCCGUUGUUUUGCACAAAAGCAAGCCAUUUCCUCUCAGAAUGGGCGUACACGCUGGCUCGGAAUUAAGUAAUAACAAGGGACUACACGACGCGAACGCGCCCCUCCGUGCUCUGACUCUCGAGACUCAAUGGGCAGGUAUGGGCUGGUGGGUAUCCAAAUAUGCUUCAGUAAUAAGAUAUCCUAUAGAGCGUGCCCCGAAAAUCCCUAAAACCCUCCACAAACUCUCGAGUUUGUUUAUUUGCGCAUCCUAUUCUCUUGCUGUAAGGCGUCCGGCAACCAGCUUCGCGUCGCGAAUUUCCGGCCCUUCUCACAGCGAAGCAACUUGAAUUACAGGUUUCCAGGCAUAACUAACUUGGUUAAGGUGCAUAUUUAAAGAGUCUGCUUUGAAGCGGGACCAGUCGCCGCAAUGAAAAUGUGGCGUUUUCCGUGGUUUUCUUACACCACCAAUGAAUGAGAUAUAAAAGAGUCUCGGUACAUUCGGCACGAUUGUAAGUGAGGUAAAGCAGUUUAGUCGAAAUCAUGGAGGGGCAACUGAGAUAACAAUGGCCUUACCAAGGUCUUACGUUUCCAUUCCGUGAAGGGAGAUUAUUUUAUAAAAAAAUAAGCAGACGAAGCUUCAAACUGCUUGCCUAGUGCCAUAAUUGAUGCUUCCCGACGACUGUAACCUACUUGUCUGCACCUUUGAUUUUGAAUAUCUGGCCGGUUGCUUCUACGUGUUAACAUCCAUAACCAAGCGCAAUCCGAGGAGCCAGGUCAUUUGCUCUUCUAUUUUAAUGUAUGCGUAUCCGUAGUUCUCUUUGCUCAUAACGUAAAAGAACGAAAGGUUGAAUAUUCCCCUUAGUUCCUUUAAAUGAACUGUUUCUAUCACAGGAAUAUGAACACCGAAACACUUACCUCGAAAAGGAAAAUCGUACUCUGCUUUUACAAAUGCGUUCCCUCCUUUCGCAAAACCAAAACGUUCUGAUGGAUGCCCUCGAGAAAAAUGAGUUCCACUACAGAGAGAAGCUGGCACUUCAGUGAGUAUGAACGCGAUUUGUCUCUAGUUUAUUUGUGAAUGACUAUCCCAGCUUUAGGCCGGACAAAGCCCUCUAUCAGAGGAACUUCAAAAUCCAGUGUGCCCUGUUUCGUGUUUAGUUAAGAGCCUCACACUAACUGUAUUUUAUCAGAAGGUAGCAGGCGUUUGUCGGUCUGAAGUAUAUGGAAUUCUUCGCAGCCGAUGUCAAGUAAAAAAUACUUGGUGUUUGAAGUAAGGUUCAAGAAUAUUUUACAAUUUAACCCGAUGAGCGUUAUUCUACUCGUUUCAUUUGAGCAAUUCUGUGCUAAAUCAGAUCCAACGAUUAUGCAGGACUCUGCCCACGAGCGUCCUUUGAGACCGUUACAACAUGUCGCCUAUUACUUACUUAUAUCCAUAUCCUUUUUAAAAUGUUUCAGUGAUGAAUUAUCAAUGCUGAAGAGGCAUAAGGAACGUCUGGAAGAAAAAAUCUUCGAGCAAUAUAAGACGUUGCCUUCCCUUAAAAAGUGAGCAAGUGUAAUAUGACUUAUUUGUCUAAAGCCUAUGCCAUAGAACGAUUUGUUGCUCUGUACUGUUUUCUGCACGCACUUUAAGCAUGUAAUAACCAUAUACGGAGUAGAGACGAAGACAAAGAAGAUAGGGAUGGCUAUUUCUGGCUUCGAUCAGUCGUACCCAACCCCAGGUUUGGAGAACCUGGGGUUCUAACCGGGGUUUUUUGAUCGUUAAGCCUUAAGGCAUCCCACGCUCUACCAUUAAACCGCGGGUCCGUUGUUUUGUCGGUCGUUAUCAGAAUAAUAACUAUGCUAGAAGAGCGCCCACCGAUCAGAUUAUGGCAAUACUCACCCAGCUGUGUCUUGAGACUCGAUCCCAACAACCGACUAGCGACGAGUAGUAAGUGCAGAUAGUGGGGCGCCGACGAGGAAAUGAGAAACUAGUAUGGAUUGCCUGCACGGCCAAUAAGCCAAAUAUGACCAUCCUGUUCCCCGCGUCUUUUUCUGCAUUCCUUAGUCUGCACAUGCCACCGGCCACUAUGCGACUAACUGCAAAGGCCCUAGAUUGAGCCCCAAAGCACAAGGCGAGCAUAUACGACAACCCGAUCGAUGUGUACGCCCCUUGAUCAUAGAUAACUGCCAUGCUAGGGCAUUUUCAGUUACUUGUAUUUCCUUUACUAUAGCUUACUGUUCUGACUUUCUGCCUGAAAUUCGUACGUCUUCAGUUACCCACGGGAUGUUUGUAAUGUUUCUAGUGGUUGGUUUGAUAUUUGAUGAUAUCUACUGCAAAAGUGCCAUUGGAUGCCUGCCGAGGUUUUUGUAUGUUGAUUUCAGGGGCCGCAAUAAUUUAAACUUGAUGCAGAAAGCCCGAGCGACUUUCCAGAAAGUAAGUAUUCCUCUGCUUCCCUGCUUCAACGAUUCCUGUCGUAGAUAGUUUAUUAGUUAUAUGGAUCUUAUUUUUAAACCAUAAUGCUUGCGCUGACCAUGAAUUCAAGACGCGACUUAUGACUGGGUUUCAGCGGAAAGACGCUUACAUAAACGGAGACAUUCUCAAGGACUCGAUGGAUGAAAAGAUCACCGUUUCCUGUAAGUCAACUGUUUUAUAUACCCAUUAAAACUUCGGGCGUAUAAUUAACCUCGCACAAUUACACAGUGACCGUUUUUGAAAAAAAAUCAAGUGAAUCUGUUAGUUUCCCAUUCAGACAUUUUAAUGGACCUUUGAAUGAUGACUAUGUGUCAAAAGGUAAAUUGUAGUUGACUAACGGCUUUUAAUCCCUACAUAUAGCUGGAAUUAAGAACUAUGUUAGAAGCUUGGAGCCCGGAUCUAUUUCAGUCUUUGAUCGUGAUCCAGAAGAGCAGAAUCAAAAUGAUUUUCGGCGCUUCUUACGCGGCCUUAACAGAUCUCAGGUGUCCGAUGGCGUGGUAAGUACGCAGCCUAUGUUUCUGCACCAGUUUGUUUUAUUUGUGUGUAUACUGUAAACCAAUUGGUUUCAAAAAGCUAAGCUUACUCAGAUUCUUUAUGAGCCAAAAUAGGUGCAGCCCUGCAAGGCAGGAUUUAUUGGUAACAAAAAAUGCACGACUGCUCAUCAGAUGCGUCCUGUCGCUUCAUAACAUAAAUAACGCGGGAGAAGAAUACAAUAGUUUGAGUUUGUGCAGAAAAUCAGCGUGCAACAGCAAUGUUAUGGCUUAGGACAAUGUAGGCUAGUUAAUAAAAUUAGUAACCUGAACAAACCGGGGGAAGGAUAGUGGGAAAACGUCAACGACUGAAAAGGAGGCGAAAUGUGAAAAUCAAGGAGCUAGAGGUUACCAUGGCAAAGUUUGUCCGACCACAUAUUCCGGCUGCUUACAUUGAUCUGGUUUCACAUGCCGUACACAGGCCGCCUCCAAAUAGCGCAAUGUCCGAGUUGAUCGUGCCCGAACAAGUACUUGGAAGGAUGUUUUAGAGUCAACGGAGUGACCACUAUCAAGCAGGCGUUUAGUAAUGGAGGAACGCGAGAUUUUGUUUCCUUACUUUAGAAGCCAUCUGGGAAGAUGCUCAAUAGACCGAGCAGCCAACUGCCAGUGCGUUCGGCUAAUGUACUUGCAUGCGUAAAUGCAUGUAAAUUCAUAAAAACGAUUUGAAGUUGCAUGCAUUGGCAGGACAUCCUUCGCCCGUGGACUUGGAAAAGGCUUAGUAAGACGGUAUAAUAUGGCAUUCGGCCGCAUUGUAUGUCCUUUCAAUGGGGCAACGCAGUCAUCGUUUGAUAGUACUUAAAAUAUUGUUAACUUCGUACCGGAAAGAAAAUGCUUCAAAAUUAUUACGCCACAGUGCCUGAUUUUGAAACAAAUAGAACGGUUCUCUGCCUAAAUGUGGUUAACUUCCACCUCAUUUUUUUAUAAAACACCAAGUGGCGCCUUGGAUGCAAGGAGUCUUAAUAAAAUAACUGCAUUGGCCGCUUAGGUACUUUUUAGUUAGACCAGGCGGAUAAGUUUUUCUGUAUAAAAUCUCAUGCACUAUAACAGUUAUCCACAGCGUUAGCCCACUCACUGUGCUGCAAUUUACGCUCUCAAGAGCACACGCGUGGGCAGUACUACUUUUCUAAUGAGAAAACUCAACACUGUGAUAGUGAAGGUCAGGAAAAUGAACUAAAGCUAAACCUCGGGAAAACUGUGCUCCACUUCCGACAGUGGAUGGAAGCUCUGGUUGUUAACUGAUUUACUGUUUUUCGCCUUGAACUCCGCGGGCUCUCGUUAUAUUGUCACGGAUAUCAGUUCUAGGGCCUUGCUUCUAGUCUUUCGACAUUAAAAUAACCUGCCUACUGAAACAUAAAAAGUAGACUUUAAGGGGUGGGUGUCAGUUAUCCAUUUCCUUAAUGUGGUGUAACUGAUACGGCUGCGUGUCGACGCAGAACGCUCGUCCGUGUGUGCGUGCCUUAGUUUAAUUCAGUUUAUUUGGGGGAAAUGCCGGUUUUGAACCUGCGAACUUCCUGUUUGUUACAAGGAAGCGAAUUAUAUCAAAAAUUUUAAACCGGUCAGAUUGACGAACUGUCCCAAGUGUAAAAAACACUAACAUUACUGCAUGUGCUGCACAAUGGUCAGUCUAUGCAUAAUUAUGCCGUAGAAUAUUGGUACGAUCUCAGUUUCUGAGGGAGACUAAUUGAAUGAAAACAUUCACAGUCAAUGAACUUGGGAUAAUAAUCAAAUAAAACGUUACUGAAAUACAGACAAUAAAAUUAGAACGACAAUGAACGGUUCGAACGAGACGCUAAGACGAUAUCAGUCAGGUGAUAUUAUGAUGUUUGGUGAUAUACUGGUCCAACUUGCUCUUAAAAGGUCGACAGAUGUGGACAUGACGAUAUCUAUAGGCGGAGCAUUCCAAGCCUCGGCCAUUCUGUUAGAAAAGAAGAACUUUCGCAUGUCCAGCCUGGCGUCAGUCAUACAUAGUCUAAGUGGAUGACCUCGGAGGUUCGUUGUGGUUGCUAACUCAAAAAAGUCAGCAAUUCUGACCGCGCAUUAUGCGGAAUAUUUGUAUCAGGUCGUCUCUUUGCUGCCUGUAACUCAGAGGGAAAUGGCCGAGAUUGGAUAACUGUGUUUGGUAGGAUACUGAACCCUGCCCAUUAACGAGUUUGGUUGCCCGCCAUCGAACUGUCACAAGAAUGCUGAGGUUUUUGGAGGUCCAGGGUUUCCACACUUGAAUAGCGAACUCUGACUGUGGCCGUACAAACGUCCGAAAGACCUUAUCCAAGCAGUCCUCAUCGAAAGUAGAGAAAACUCGCUUGACCGCAGAAGUGUCUGCUUAUUAAAACUGUCCGCCGUUUAAAACUGUCUAGUAAUGUUAGCGUUUCAUAUUCGGCGCCUUAGCUUGAAGAAAGGCACAUUGUGUUCGGAUCCCUCGACGCGCCUUUCGUUCGAAUGAUAGGGCAUCUAUAGUAGAACUUCUUUGAAUUCUAAAUACUGCCUCGAUACUAAAGGGUGUAUACUCUGCGCUACGGAAUCUUGGCAGGCUUGACUUACGCAGAUAUCAGGAUAGUCUAAAAUAAGGUGAACUUAAUUUCUUGAUUUGUCUUGUCCGAAGGUAGCGACUUUAUCGCUAAAUCUAUGCGCUCGCUCCCUCACUUUUUUAACGUUCCAUAAGGGGCGAUUUUAGGAAAACACUCAAGGAUUGCCGGGUUGCAGAACUGCUGGACGCGAAACUUUUCCACACUUUUCCAUCAGAAUAGGGAGCGUAGGUAAAUGUUAAUAUCCGAUUUGGGAAUCGCAGGUUUUUAUGAUCACCAUUUUUACUAUCACUUUAACUCAUACCUACUGGCCCCUUUUUCUCGUCAAACCAACUAUCAACGCAAUACCACGAUAUAUUUGUUGUUCCUACAUACAGUCGUUUGGUAUCUGAGCUCUUCGUUGGGCACAAUUAGACAUGCGUGAUUGCGACAUGUCCUUUUGGAUGCUUUAAAAAUGGAUUUCCAUAGGUUUUGCGGUGAAUUCUAACUUAUUUUCCAAAUAAAAUCAAAUAGUUUUCAUAUUCUACGAGGACGGCUUUCGUCAUACGCACGAGUACAUUUUCUUCUGAAGCUUCGUCAAGUGUACUCAACUGUAGCCAAGUAAAUAAGAGGAGCCAAUAAUCGAAAAACGUUAUGGAUGAGGGUAGUGGAAAUCGGAGGGGCCAUGUUUGUCAUUCGAAGCCUAACUUCACCGAGUAUUCGCGUCGAACGCCUUGUCACUGAAAUAACGUGCCCGCGUCCUGCAGGUAAGAUCGCCCCUGAUUGCAGGUGACUUUGCGUAGCCGGUGAUUUGAGUAGUAUAGCUUAAAAAAUACUUUAUCACCAACUGUCAGAAUAUGCGUUUCAGACAAUUGGCCCGAGUUCUGGGCAUGACUCGUUGAUGACGGCGACUAUGCUACAGUUCGCAACUCAAAUCUUCCCUAUUUUUUCGAUAAUCCUUCCGCAUCUGUGACAUGAUUUGUUGUUAACAGGUUUAAAAGACUUGCUAUGUAUCAGUCAACGGCGGAUAAUCUCAUAGCGAUUCUUUAAUCCAAAAAGAUGAUCCGCUGAUUUCUAAAAAAAACCACAAUGUUUAUCUUGCGGCCACCAAAAACUGCAGACGUAUGUGCCAAUCGUCACCGAACAAUACUAGCAUAAAGGGACAAUUUUAGAAAGCUUCGUCUCAGUAGGAACAUCAAAAACGCAUUAUGCAAAAAUUCUGAAAACACGAGCUCAAGAAUGAAAGUAUACAUGUAGAAAAGUUAACGGUAGAUUCCAAAACCAUAGUAAAUGUAUGUCGUUGUCAGUGUUAAGCACGUAGCCCUAUGUUGCCUGUUUCAUUCGCGAGUGUCGGUACUGCUCAAUGAUAAAAUGAUGGUUAGGCAGCGAUGUAAGCUGGUCACAUUUGUUAUCCGUCCUUUCCAUAAAGAUCUGCCAAGUUAGUGUUACUUCGACAUGUUAUCCCAAAAACGCAACUUGAAAUGCUAGCAUCUUAAAUGCGAUUUUUCCGUCAAAUGUUUCGGAUGUGAACUAAUCUGAAAAGAGAACGUCAUCUGGAAAUUAUGCAGAAUGAAAGAGGUUCUCUGAUACGCAAUGUUCAGUGGAUAAAUUCUUCUACCAUUUAUGGACAGUCAUCCUUAAGUCCGCAGAAAAGUGAGUAUUUAAGGGAACACCAGGGCCACAAGGCGAUUGACGAAGUAAAGAUUUAAAAUUCUGAGGUUUAUCUUAUUAUUCCUGGUGUGCAAUUUAUGCAUUUGGAAAGCACUUUUCCAAAUACGCCACAUAUAAUUAAUAACAGAAAAUGUACAGUUUUGACAUGUUUUAACGUUUAAUUGCUCUGACAUAUGGCUUUUUGGAAACGACUGGAUACAUGCAAGUUCUAGGCUCACUGUUUUUGAAAAACAUUUUUGUUUGUAUGUCGUAAAGGAUGGGUGAUUAUUAGCUUUAGUGAAUACCAUUAUGUUUAUUCUUAAACGAUCAAUUUUUGCUGCUCAACAACUGAACAUAAGAUGUUGGCAUCUAACUAUGUUUCUUAUAUGUCUUUUGGAUUAUGUAUAUCCGGUUUCCUUUCAAGGUAAGUGAAAAGGUCACCAAACUGACCGAAACCAACCAGCCUCGGAAGCUGCGAGCUCAGUCUCUUUCCACAAGUCCACUCCAUGAUCGAUAUCACACGCUGCCAGGAAAACGAGAGCAGUCGAGUCCUGAAUUAAGAAGAGACAGUAAGCCAAGAGUUAUGCAGCAAAAUAUGGAAAGGAAGAUCACCGAUUGUCGUAUUCAUGUCAGACCAAAUUCAAGCGACGGCUCCUCAAGCUCCACUCUGGGUACGUUAUGUAUUUUUCGCAGGCGCAUCAGCGACGAGCUUUUCAUUGACUUACUAAGUCAAUGGAAAAACGCAUUCCUGAACGCCUUCGUGAAUAUAUCUUUCAGAAACAGGAAUUAACGCAUACUUAAUGACUUUACUGGGACAGUUGGUUUUCGUGGCAAUUACAGCCUUAUGCACGUAUGGUUAAUGUCGCAAUGGAGGUUGCCUUGUCGUAUGAGAUAUUCGAUUUGUCGUCCAUUUUAGCAUAUAUAAGGAUGCUUUUCUCUGAAACGAAACUUUCUAUAUAAUUCAACUACUCUUAGCUUCCCACGGAAAAUAUUAUUCAAAAACUAUUGGAGCAGUAAUUUAGACGCAUAAAUUUGUUGUCGCUACUAUUUCUGGCGAUGGACGUCUGCGCGAGUUCGAAUGCUCAGGACAGCAAAUAAAUUAUUCCCGUGCUCUAUCAGUCAUAUUCUUUGUUUAGAAUUACAGCUGAAAAUCGAACUUUCACCUCAAUUCGUCUGAAUUUUUCGGACCCCCUCCGCCAAACUUAUAGUUUACCCUAUUUAGAUGGCUCUCGAAUAUCUUCGCUGGUUUCAUUCGAUCAAUCUGUUCAUCUGCCGGUCACCGACCGAGGUGAAGAAGAUCGUAAGACACAAUCUGAAAUUCUUUUGUUUUUUGCAUUAUUUUGCACGUUUUCUCCUUGUAUGUGAAAUAUAUAAGGUAGUUUUACAAAUCUGUGAGUUUUCUUAUUGAAUCUACAAAUCUUGAUGUGGUAUUUUCUAUUUCUUCGUUAUUUGUAAUUGACCUUAUGAACUAUGUGUUUUUGGGUUUUGGCUGAGGGUUUGUGGAUAGCCCUGCAACUUUUUCUUUGCGAUAGAAGUAAGUUCUUUCUUAGAUGUCCGCGCAAAGCUUCUUCUAAACAAGGGACCAUUUUCAAUUUUUCUUAAGGCAAAAGCUGGCGCUUUGAAAAUGCACACCGACUACCGGUGACUGUUUACCAGUGAAAAGGUUUAUUAUGCAAAUUUCCAUGGUUGGUAUGUCACCAUUUUAGACUGUAGGGUAUGAGAACUGUGUACCGUCAAUGACUGAUAUCACGAAAUCUAAAUCGAAAUUCUGAAGUGUAUUUUCGAUUAGAAAGGACUACUUAGAUGGAAUUGUAAUAAUGAUUGUCGUAUAGCAUAAUCUCAGGAUAUUUCAGUCACAACAGGCCGCUGGCUUUCUAAUGCUUUUCUUCCCUGUCGCUUUCUAAAGCCACACACAGUAAAGAUUACUACUUAAUAUGCAUUUUCCUCUAAUGAUUUUCGAUGCGUCUAUAAAUUCAACUAUACCUCAUAGAAUGUAUAUAUAAACACAUUCCUCUUUGUACCCACUUGGUGGCAAAUUUUUUUUUCAAUCUUCAAGAUGGGGUAUCUUUCCACUUUAAUAGCUUUCCACUUGUAAGAUUUAUAGCACCGUGCAAUGUUCAUCCAGAUAGUGUCGCAUCCGUCUACUUUUUUGGUGCUCCUCACGAAGCAGACAACACAGUCCACCUUUAUUGCCAAGUUUUACGAGUCCCAUAUGAUGCCUUCUUAAUGGCGUAGACGAAUGUUUUUCCUUAAACGGAAAACAGGCAGCAUGUAGACUAUUGAUCCUAAACGCAAAUUCAAUCGCAAAUAGUACUUUUAAUCAUGCGGAGGUUGGAAAGCUUUUUUAGACUUAAAACACACCCAUUGGAGUAUAUGGUUUGAAUAAGGAAUUAAUUCCUACCAAAUAUAUGCAUUCAAGUUUAUGCGGGAAUAUAAAAUCGAUGGAAAAAAUGUAUACCACUUAAAUAGUCAUUAUUACCGGGUGUGCUUUCUGCAGGCGGCCCAAAGAAGGUGCAUUCAAAGGCAGGCAUUCUGCGAUGCCCGAAAUAUCUUGGGUUUUUCUGUAGGAUAAGCAAUACUACAACUCCGCUCUUGUAAUCUUCUAUAAAUUUGCUUAAAUUUUUAAUUAGAAGUUCCAUACGAGGAGCUUCCUAACCUUGCAAGACGCUUCGAACAUCCUUCUAUUCACCACUGUUAUUGCAUAUACUAAUGACAGAAAUGAUAUCAUGUAGCUAGGCCACACGUCAGUCUUCUAAUUUCAGAAAUUCUUAACGCUUUGAACAUUUGCUCUCGUUAUGUGUGUGUUGAGUUUUUGCGGCCACUACAUGAUCAUUGAAUUAUACCCGUUUUCGAAAAAACGGUAAUUUGAAGUUUUUGUAACACCAAAGAAGGUAAGAUUUAAGCCGUCAAAAUUCCGGGUGGCAGCAAAUAAUGAGCCUGCGGCACAGUGACCUUUGUUAUAAAUGUCAGGUUGGUAGUGUUUGAGAUCUAUAUCAUGUUGAGUCAAUUAGACAAAAAAAAUCAGGAGUAGUCUGGCAUAUUUCCCAUGGAAUAUGAAGGAGCACGUGGUGUCAUUUAUAACUUGGUAAACACAAGGAAGAGUUGCCAAGGGAAGUCAGGCAUCUUAAAAAGACAUUUCUCAAUGGCAAUGGUUGUGUAGGCAGAUGAAUGGUGUCAACAGCUUUGACACUCUUAUUUUGCGCUUGAUCCUGCUUCCGGUCUUCUUGACUCUGCCUUGACACCGGGCCCAGGUGGGUAAGGAGGAGGGAGUGCGAUAAAUGCAGCGCAAGUCUAUUGGCACUGUAAGUUAGUUCACCGACAAGGCAUCGUCCUUAUACCGACCAUGCUGUGGAGCACACGAUGGACAUUGUUGGAAACGACGAUGGAACUCCCAGCACUCAUUUGAAUUUACUGUUCUUUAGACAAGGGCGCCCGAUCAGCCAGCACUCGAGUCUCAAGUAAUCUGCCCUCAGUCAUUGGACGACUAAUUUCGCCUUCAUCUCAGGAUGACUGUAUCUUCUUCCCGCGGUCCCGAACAGGCAGCCAACAGACGAGUCCGCCUGGACACACUGACCUUUUGGGCCAUAGUCCUUCCAUUGACAUCAGACCGGUCAAGGAUGUACCGGCUCCAAACUCGCGUACAUCCCGGUGCGAAUUCUUGGAACCAUAUGUACUAAAAUUUCUACUUUUCAGAGAAACGCUGAAAUUCGAAUCUAUCGGCUAAGAUUCAUAAUGCUUCUCUGUGAAUCUUGUCAUCGCAUUCCAGCCUAUUUUAAUGUCUAUCGAUUGUUAAGGAGCAUCACAAGGUUGUCCUAGUCUCCGCAUUUUGACCUACAGACUUUCGUGCAUUACAGAGCCACCCGUAGUUUCGUCCUUGCGUGUCGUGAAGUCAGAAGAACAAAACAGUCUAACGUAUAGCAAAUGAAGUGUAUUUUUGACGAAAUAUUUGUCUGGGCUUUAAGUUCGGACCAUGCACUUUAUUCCAUGUGAAAAAGACGAUAUGCUUUUUUGACUUACUGGCGUGAUCCAAUGGUCUAUAUAGAAGAGGUGCUGCUUUAGCUCAGAAAAUGAAGAAAAUGCGUUUCAACAUAGUCAGAAGCUAUUAUCUCGGGUAGCUAUUUGUAUAUGUGGCGUGCAUUUCACUUCAGACCAGCAUGAUUCAUCUUUCUGUCAGUUAAUGACUUACCUGCACAAAAAGCCCUUAGCAGGUAACCUGCCUUAAGCUUACCUGACAACUUUCUUGAGGUCUGAGUCAAGAGUAUGAAGCCUCGGUAACCUCCAAACCGAGUCCAAUAUAUGGAAAAAAGACAAGUCGUGGAAGUUCCCCAGUCUCACUAAAGCAUAUGUUGUCAGACCAAGCGCAAAGCCACUACUGCCCACUAGCGGUUAUGUCGUCGUUCAGUUUUUGAGCAGCAUCGUUCUCCGUAUAAAAUUUAUUAGGCAAAUUUACACCCUUCCAGAUGUGAGCAUGAGAUUUCAUGCGUACUGCACAACAAGAAGAACAGCUUAAACAAGAUUAUUAUGAUAUUUUAUUUGGAAAAUGCCUUAAUUUAGUUCUUUCUACGGAAUCAGCCUCAUCUCUUCCUGCAUGGUUAGCAAAGGGCAAUUGCAAUACAAUUUCAAAGAGAGCGUACUGUCAACCGCUCUGUUACAUAAACGAACUUAUCCAGCAGGAGUAUUUUCUUGAAGUGUUCCGUAGUGUAAAGUGAAGAGCCAAGUAUUUUCUUGGCACUUGCCCUAUCCGUUUAAUUAUGCCAAUUUGCAAAGUUAGAAGACAGCGCGUGCAUAUUUGCCAUUGAAGAUGUUAUCGACAGGGAAAAUAACAGUCGGACCUCCACUUCUGGCUUUUUAGCCGUCAAUAACUGUUAAUUCCUCAAACCCAGACUGCGCAACCGGUGUUUGAGUUGGAGUCAUUUGGUCCCCGAAAAACGGCCUCAUGCUUGCAUUAUUAAAUAACGUCAAGUUGACUGGGUCUGGGACUAUUCAGCGACAUAGGUGCGGUGCCCACUGACGAUUACGGAUUGCAGGGAGGAACCCUCACUUCUGCUCGGCUUUGAAUGUGAGGAAUUACAAAUUACUCCGGUGGUUGCAUGACAACUAGCGGUAAAUAAUCGAUAUGUUUUGGUGUCCUUGCGGUCAGAGUAGAUGGACGUGGGCUAAUCCCGAUUUGGCUCAGUUAUUUUGCUUCAUUUACUAAAACUGUGCAGUAAGCCAAGUAAACAGUGUAGGCACCCACUUGUAGUUUUUUUAGCGCCAGAAAACGGCGUUAAACAGUUGCCAUCUCUAUCGGCAAACACCUUUAUUAUGCCUGGGUCCAUGGUCUGCGACUUACUGGCAAGUAUAUUCCCUUAAGGGAGGGCAUUCUGCGCGAGAGUCACAUGACACCACAACCAUUGGCGCAGACGAGGACCCGUGGCAAUGGUUGCACCUCGGGUCAAAAUCCAACAACAUUGGGAGGCCUAGCGGGUAGCCGUACCUGUUCUCAGCCCCGGCCUGAGCAACCCGAAACAAUCCCAUUGCAUUCUGAUGUUGGCCAAAUCAACUCAUCCAGCUCCCGCGAGGACAGUCAGGACACGCUUGAGGAUCGUUCCGUUCGUGGCAAAUUGGCUGUGCCAACAAAUACCUACCCUGUCGACGUCUCCAAAAAUAGUCCUGGGGCAGUUAGAAGCUCUCCACUGAAAAAAGUCAGUCGCAGUCCGUCGGCCGGUUACACGGCUAAGCCAGUUGUAUUCUUGGAAUAUGGAAAUCUCUAG